CCCCGCUGCAUGCCGGGAGCCCGCGGCCGCUUGGCAGGGUGACCGGCCCGAGCGCCCUGGGCUUCUCCCAGCACGCGGCUCCGAACCUACGGCAGCUUCGCCUGGCCUCGCCGCCGUGUGGGGGCCGGCGGGCCCCGCGUUUUGCGGGCCUGGGGCGUUCGGGGCGGGGCCUGGGCUCCUUUUUUUUUUUUGCGGCACACGCUUUCCGCGAGACGAGGAGCGUUUCGGGGCUUGGCGUUUUAGAAGGGGGUCGUUAAAGGCCCGAGGCAUCGUGGGAAGUUGUCCCCCGGCAUUGUUUGGUGUUGGGGUUUGUCCGAGCCCUUGUCCUACGUAGCGUUGUGCGGCAAGCACCCCUCUCUACCUGCCAACAUCCCGUGUUAGAAGAGUUUGUGGCUGGAGGUGUGACCGUGGGAGAGCUGGCCGGGGAGGGACCCUGCCCAGUCGCUGCUCUGCUCCUGUCUCUUGUCCCCUCCCCUGGCCAUGACAGAGACCCGUGAGCCCGCCGAGACUGGAGGCUACGCCAGCUUGGAGGAAGAUGAUGAAGACCUUUCCCCAGGCCCGGAGCAUUCUUCUGACUCUGAAUACACUCUUUCAGAGCCCGACUCUGAGGAGGAGGAGGAGGAAGAGGAGGAAGAGGAGACCACUGACGACCCCGAAUAUGACCCUGGCUAUAAGGUGAAACAGCGCAUAGGUGGGGGCAGGGGAGGCCCAUCCCGCCGGGCCCCCCGAGCAGCCCAGCCUGCUGGCCCACCUGCACAGCCCUGCCAGCUCUGUGGCCGAUCACCACUGGCAGAGGCCCCACCGGGUACCCCACCUUGCCGACUCUGCUGCCCCACAACAGCAACCCAAGAAGCCCCAGCCCCUGAAGGCAGGGCUCUUGGUGAGGAAGAGGAGGAGCCAUCUCGUACUGGGGAGAGCCGGCCUGCAGGACGGGAUGGAGAUGAAGAUGAGGAGGAGGGGGGUACCUACCACUGUACGGAGUGUGAGGACUCCUUUGACAACCUCGGGGAGCUGCAUGGUCACUUCAUGCUGCAUGCCCGCGGUGAGGUUUAGGCAGGGCCCCCAGGGAGCUGGUGGAAGGGGGGUGGGAGCAGGGCUGAGGAAGCUGGAGUGGGGCUGGGUUCCCACCCAUCUGUGUUGUCUUAGCAGUAAUGUGUGAAGGGCAGAAUAAAAGCCGGAUUCUGUGUGUGCUGA